AUGUUUUCUUAUCAAAUUUUCUUCCUGGCUUGUUUAGUUUUGUGUCUGUUAAACGAAGUGUACACACAGAAUCUAACAGGUACAUGCCCUGUCAGAAACCAAAUUGACGCCGCUGCUGUUGGACGGCGCUGCAGAAAAGCGUGUCAUCUCGGAGUAGCAAGAUGCAAAAACGGAAGGGUUUGCUUAUGCGAUCACGAGUGUGGUUUUUCGUGCAUUAAUCUAGAAAACUUUUGCCCACCACCCCCAAACCUUCUAAACUCCACAAGAAUUAUCAUUACACGAGUUCAUGGGAACAAUAUCAUCCAAGCAGAAGCGCCAUACCGUUACAAUGACCGUGCAAGAUAUAUAUGCGAUGCAGGCUUUACAUUAGUACAAGAUGGUAACCAUAUGUGCCAUGGUAGAAGGGGAUGGACAGGCACUUCUAUAUGUGCACGUGAUUGUGGGCAGUAUGAUCCAGUGCUUGUAAGACGUAGAGGUAUGGUGUGUGGAACAGAAUGUCAUGUGGAUUCACAAUGCAGCAAUGGUUUACAAUGCUUAUGUGAUGGUGCUUGUGGACUCAGGUGUGCCAAUUCAACUAUAAACUGUGGUGAAGCCCCUCAAGUGACAAAUGCGACACUACAGUACACAGGAGAAGGGUUACGUCGUGUAGCAAACUACAUCUGCGAUAGCGGUUUCUACAGAUCAAGUGGAAGCUAUGCUAGGAGAUGCACAGGUGCUGGCACUUGGGAUGGAACUUCCCCUACUUGCACAAGAGUUGAGUGCCCGGACCCAAGUGAAGCAAUUGGAAUGACAGACGGAUACAUAGCAGACUGGGUUGGAGGUCCUUACUACCCUGGCCAACAGUUUACAUUUGAAUGUCCAUCGGGAUACAGGUUAAUUGGAUCCCCUGUAAGGAGUUGUCAAACUAAUGGUCGCUGGAGUGGCGUGCCAAAUGCUUGUGACAGGCAGCGCCGAACUGGUGAAGUCAGAUGCUCCCAUCCUGGAAUACCUGUCAACGGGGAAUUAUUUUCUGGCGGUCGUGGACGUAAUCGUUAUAGUGUGGGCAGUACGGUCACCUUCAGAUGCCAUGGAAGAUACAUACUGGUAGGCCAAGCUGUGCAAACAUGCAUGCGUGACUUACAAUGGGACGGACAAGGGGCACCUCAAUGUAUUGAUCCAAUUUACCCAGACGAUCCACGGGAAGCUGCUCAAAGGUUGAGCGAAAAUACAAAUCGUAUAAGUGUGCAUAUGAGUACACCAAGCUCUGGAGUUGGUGGGCGAUCCAUCACAGCUGAUCAUGAGGGUGGAAAUGAAAUUUAUUUUCUGAUUGAUUUUUCACGAAGUGUAACUGACGAAGCGCUUGAUCACUCACUCAAAUUUGCACAGAAGCUUGUCACAAGGUUUUCUGGUGGAACGAAUAAGACAGCACAUUACGGCGUGAUUAUUUUUGCCUCUCAUUCUAAAGUUGUAUUGGACAGCAGAAAAAAUCAAAAGCUUAAUUCCACAAAAAUAAUAGCCUAUUUUAAAGGGAUUUUUAAAGAUAAAAAGGCAAUGAGAGACACAGUUGGUGGUGGAACGAACACUGGAGCUGCAUUGCAAGACUUAAGAAAGAUGUUGGGUAUUUCUUACAGAGCUGACAGAAUCAACAAUGGAGGCAACAACAGACAAAGGCACUGCUUUAUUCUGACUGACUUUACAUAAACUCUUCGACAGUUUUACAGCAUAACUUCUUGUACUACAUGCCGCGGAAACACACUAGAAGCAAGAGCAGAGUACACACAAUUGUUAGGCCUUGCUGGAGGGAAACUAGAAAACUUUGUGCAAAUUGAAAACUUCUAUCUGCUGGAACAAUACAUUGACCAAGUAAUUGAUGUUCGCAUAGACUAUAGAAAAUGUGGACAAGCAGGUGACAUAGGAAGUAUAAAAACAAGAGCUCGCUUUGGUAGAGUGCUUAACGGAGAAAGAGCUGUUGAUAAAGCUUGGCCAUGGCAAGGAGUUUUCACAACAAAACUCGAUGGCGGAAAUUUUCAGCAAAUAUUAAAAAGCUAUUCUACAAGCAACUUCCUUGGUGGUGGUUCUCUUAUUAACAACCAAUGGGUUUUAACUGCAGCUCAUUUAUUCGCAAAAUUUGAUGAAGGAAAUGAUGCAUGGCAACGAAAUUAUCGUGUUACUUUUGGUUUAUACAAUCGCCCGAUUACACGCAGUCAUUAUCGAAACAGACUGGAUCCUACCAUGGUGGUGUACAAUACAGAAAAAAUAAUAUAUCAUCCAGAUUUUGAUGAUAUAUCCCUAGACAAUGAUAUUGCUCUGGUUAAACUUGGCCAGCAAGUAAAACUAGACCCCACAAAGACAAGUUGGAUAAAUGUUCCCAACACAUUUGGUUGGGUCAAUUUCACAGAUUACAUCAGACCUGUAUGUUUACCUUGCAUGCCAAACAAUUGCUUGAACAGUUAUUUGAGAACGAAAGGAAGAAUUCCAGCCAAUUCAAAUCAAAAGCAAAUCUGUGACAUUGAAACCGCAGCAGUUUUGGAUGUGUCAAACAACCAGAAUAUUGCAGUCGUAACCGGUUUUGGGCAUGAAAAUGAGAGAUCUCACAAUGACCUAAAAUUGAAUGCUUCUGCGACUUUAAAGCAAGGAGUUCUUAAGCUUAUGCCACAUGCAACGUGUCGAGACUUUACUAAUCAAUGGGGGACCGACCUCACACAACGAAUGGUUUGUGCGCCAAGUGCAAAUGAUACAGUUGGUACAGAUGCAUGCAAAGGAGACAGUGGUGGACCUUUAAUAAGAGAGUUAUAUGAUGAGAACACAAGAAAAAGCUGUUGGAUUCAAAUGGGUAUAGUAAGCUGGGGAUAUGGGUGUGGGAAGAAGACCAUGGUAAAUGGAGUAAACCGUUUCAGGCCUGGAAUUUUUACCAAGCUGCCUUUGUUUAUGGCAUGGGUGAACCAAACCAUGGAAGCUAACUAACUAUAGCAGGAUCUCUGUAUUGCUACGCAGUGUUUAUAGCAGCUUUUAAUCGCGUUUAGGUAUAUAAUGUGUACAAAGUUCAUGUUAUUGGCUGGAUUUGUAACAUUUUGCAGUAUGUUUUACACAUAACAAUUGUGUUCUGUUUUUUUGUGAAGUAUAACAAGUGUUUGCUACCGUUGUGGGCGUAUAUGUGUCAUAACGCAAGUAACUUUGCUCAGCAAUUGCUCCAACCCAGUGGUCACUAAUGGGUUUUCCAAAUUAUGAACAAUACCGAAACUAGAAGCACCCACAAAGUUACAUAAAUAGUAACUCGUAAGCUAGCAUGAGGUGUAUGAAACAGAACAUCGUGUUAUAACGGCUGUCGUUUUCCGGCCACAUGAGGAUAAAGCAAGUUACAUGUAAACACAUAUGUGUGUAUUAUUGUGCUGUAUUUAUACACGCUUUAAUUUUUUACUGAUUUUUACAAAACUUUUAAAGAUAAAUACUCGUAAAACUUUUAUAGUUCAUAAAUUAUGGACACACAUAUUCUGUAUUAAUCUAUUACUUUGUGUUAUUAUUAUGAUUAACCUGUGUAAAUAAUCAUGAAAUAAAAAAAAUAACAAUC